AUGACGGAUAUUUUGCCAAUUGUUUGGUCAAGCAGGCUGAAGGUUUUUUUACCUGAAGAACAGGUUAGUGAUAGAUCAGCCAGUCGGUUCUCAACUCCGCCGUUGUCGUCAACCAUUUCACAAUCUUCCCAUACUGACAAAAUCUUGUUGCCACCUUCAACUUUAGAGAGUCUUCUGUCUCAAAUUUCAAAUGAUGCAGGCUUGUUGCCAUCGCCUCUUCUGUUCAAACUGACGAAUCCUUUGAAUAAGAAAGUAACUCACGUCGGAGUCAGGGAAUUUUCAGCAGAGGAGGGUACUGUGCAAGUUCCAGCAGUGGUUGCGCGGAAUUUAGGUCUACAGAACUCAAAUGAUAUACUGUUCAUCAAUCUGGUAUCGUUACCAAAAGGAACUAGUCUGACUUUAAAAACUAGCAGCACUGGCGAGCUAGUAGAAAAUGUUGACUGGAAAUCAUUGCUAGAAUCCAGGCUUCAUGGCUCGUUCACAGCUUUGACAAAAGGUGAUGUUCUAACGGUUUCUCACCCAUCUUUACCUGGCAAAAACAUUGAUUUUACGAUAGAAAAGCUCGAACCUACAAAUAAUUCACAUGCUGUCUGCAUCAUUGAUACAGAUUUAGAUUUGGAAGUAAUUGAAGUAAACGAUGGAAAUUCGAAUGGAUCAAGGGAGACGGUCAGUGGAUCUAUACGUGGACAGAACUCUAAUCAAUCGUCAGUUGCCGGUCGACGGGAUCCAAUACCUUUGUCAGUAAACGAGCAUCCAGUAAAUGUGAAGGGUCUACAGCCUAGUGAAGUUGCUUAUUUCUCAGUUGCAUAUGACAUCAAUGAUAACUCUCUACCAUUGGAGGUCUCACUCGACAAUAUAUCAGUUGAUGACAGCUCAUCUUUGGUGAUGUUCAUGGGUUUGGAGGAAGCAAACAUUUCUCCUGACUCGUUUCUAUGGUCGAAUUUGAAUUCUCCCGGUACAUCCCUAACAGUUUCUUCAGAUGACCCGUUUCUAGAGAAGUAUCGUAAUCUUAAUCAAUCAUCAUUACAGGCUAUAUUUUACGUCAAAGUUAUCAGCUACCAAACACCGGCAUCUUUCGUUAUUCAAGCUAAAACGGAGGCAGUAAACUAUGUUGAUUCUGGUCAGGAGUCAAGUUCAAACACUUCUAAAUGUACCAAUUGUUUACAGAUGAUUUCUAUCCAUUCAUUUGCUCGGCAUGUUGCAUUCUGCGAACGCAACAAUAUUCUAUGUCCAGAAGGCUGUGGGAGGGUUUUUUCUCGCCGUGAGGGCAUCCCAACUACUCAUUGGCACUGCCACGAUCAUAAUACAAGUGGUGAUUCAGAAUUCUCUAAAAAGCUUCAUUCGGACUGGUUCCACACUGCCAUGAGUUGUCCAGGAUGCGGUUCAGAUCAUGCAAAUCAUAUUCUACUGUCUCAGCAUAGAGCUACUAAUUGUCCAGCAAAGCUGCACAUUUGUAGAUUCUGCCACAUAUUACUUCCACAAGAGUUAGCUUCGGCUGCAGAUUUUCUGCAAGGGUUGACUGGACAUGAGUCAUACUGUGGCAAUAGAACUACUGAUUGUGAAAUCUGUAAACGAGUAGUUAGACUCAAAGAACUGCAAACCCAUCUUGAGUUUCAUAGACUAGAUCGUUUGAGAGAACCGGCUCCCAUAUUGUGCUCGAAUGCAAAUUGUCCGCGCUUGAUCACUUCGACCUCAUCUAAUGUUCUGGGGCUUUGUGGAAUUUGUUACGGACCGUUGCAUUCCACUCUUCUUGAUUCAGACGGUUCUAAGCUUAAACAGCGGAUAGAGCGAAGGUAUGUUAUCCAGCUCACACGAGGAUGCGGAAAACCGUGGUGUAUGAACGAGCACUGCGCUUCGACAAGACCCAAAAAAAGGUCUAUAGCUGAGAUUAUGUCUACUGAUGUCAAGUUUUUAAUGGCUGAGUCCGCCAAUAAGAAGUUUUGGUUUUGUGUUGAUGAAACUGCCACUAAGCGAAAGCUGUUUGUUCAGUUCCAAUCCCAGAAUGGCAUAUUUUCUGAUGCUUCAUGUGCGAGGGCUAUCGAACAAGCCAAAGGCAAUGAAUCAGAAGCAGUUCGCUGGCUCGAGUCGAAUUACACAUGA